GUUUAGCAUCUGUUGCCUCUUUUUCCGAAACGCGGCAGAAAUGAAAGGAAGGCUUAAUAUUAAAGUUUAGGAAAUCCCUUUAAUUCUUUCUGAAUUUUCACUUUCAAGGAAGCAGGUACCAAGUGAACUACAAUGGAAGAAAUUUUACUAAGGCAGUUGCAACCAAUAUUUCCGAAUUUGACAGACGACGUGAUCCGGAUCAGCAUCAGACACCCCAGUAACAAUGUACAACCUAUGUCAGUGCAGUCGGUGUUCCUCAGCUGUAUUGACGAUCUUCUACAGCUCCGAACAUUCACUCUCACUUCAGCAGAACAGAAUUCACGCACACUCUCAUCAGAUGAUGAAAUGCUGUCUGAAGCUGCAGAGAUGAUGGAGAAAAGAGAGUUAAUUUCUUUGAAUAGUUCAUCUGACCCAAAUGGGAAAUCAAAAAACAUUCCUCCAUCUGAAUUAUUCACAGGUACCAAGGAUUCUGUUACAAAUUCAAAACAGUCAAUACCAUCAACAAGUGUUCUUUGUAAAACCAGCAGUCGACAAGAUUCCCACUAUCAAACAGUCAAGAAAGAAGUGAUAGAUUCUGAAGAUAGCUCAAAUGAUUCUCUACCAGACCCCUGUCUUGAUAUAAACUUCUCCAAACCAGUGUCUGUAUCAGCAACUUCAUCCCAUAGUCUCUCAUCACCUGCUUCGAAAAUCCAGCCACUCUCUUCAUCUUUACAACGGUUCAAACAAAAAUUAAGCAAGUCCCCAGGCCUGCCUUUAAACAAAAUUGGUUCUCACUCUACAGAGAGAUUAACAAGUAGUGUUGAAGGACAGAGAACGAGAUUUCACUCCGAACCCUCUCAGCCAAUUUUCUCAUUGAAUAAAAUUGUAAAGAAGACAGGAGCAGUAUUAAAACCAGCGAGAUUUUCACCGCUGAAGUCCACUGAUAAAACAGUAGUUAGCGGGUUGAAGAAAAGGAAAAUUAUCAAACCAGCUGUGUUUUCUCCAAAAAAGGAGACUGCUGUUUCGUCUUUAGACACAAAAAAACCUAUCAUUAUCAAACCAGCGACAUUUUCUCCUAAAAAGGACAAUACACAUGAAGUUAAUAAUAGUAAGAAUAUGGCUUUUAUUGCUAAACUUUUUCCAAAUAGGGGAAAAAUUGUAGAUAAGGUACAAGCACAACAAAGAGGAGUUUACAUUAAACCUGCCACCUUUUCACCAGACAAGGGAGUUAAGGUUGUGAACAGGGUGCCAGAGAUCGCUAUCAGCAGGAAUCCCACACAUUCUCCACUGAAGUCCACGGUGAGUUUGUUAUCAAGUAGUCCAAAUAGUACUCAUGAUACUGAGAAAUUUCACACUACACCCUACACAGACACUUCAGUAACUUCGCCCAUUGUGAGAGGGGAUGUCAACCGUAAGUUUAAAGUGUCGUCUGUCGGAGACACAAAGAUAAUCAGUAAAGAAAAUCAGCAGAACUCCCGAACUUUCAAAGUGACAGAAGCACUUCCCCCAGCAAGCCUGGAGGAUUGGAAGCGUGUUGGAAUACAAGGAAAUUCUGGACUAUUGGAUGAUGAGCAGACUUACAGGCGAGAGAUUUUAUUCAAAUCAGGAGAGGUGAUGGGGAAGAUAGAGAAUGAGAGGAGGAAGUCACUAGGGAGAAUUCAAGCACUGAGGUCUGCUGAAGGGACCAGCUCGAAACUUCAAUCUGCUGUGAAAAAUAAAAAAGGAGACCUUAGUCCUGGCAUCGAUAAGGAAGAUCUACCCAGAUUGGCCCUCCUAGAUACUGCCAGAAGGCAGAGAGAUGAUUUGAGAGCUCAGUCUGUCAGCACCGCAACAGUUGACAACAAUACAAAACAGUCAAAGGACAGGUCAAAGAAUAACUCAGGUGAAAGGUCAAAGAAAAAACAAUUGGAAGGGUCAAAUACUGACAUCAUCAUUAUUGGUGCAGAGAAUGUUACACCUACGGGGCCAGAUAUAAUUGAUAUCACAGAGAGCUCUCAGUCCUCAGAUGGAGGAUCUCAACUGGACCCUCCGAUUAUCAAUCUGGAACCCCAGGCAGAAUUUGUAGACAUUGCCACUGAACCUGUGGAUGUUCAGCGAGUUAAAUCAACCAACCACAGGAUUAUUGGUAACCCAGGGCACCCAGUGGUGAAUGAUAUAGAGUUAACGAAUCCAAUGGUUGUGCCUGAUAUACCAUUGAAGCAGAAUACAGUUACUGCACAAAAUAAUCUGGUUGCACAGAGCAGGGUACCAACUUCCAAAAACCAGGGCCAAUGGGCUGUACAUCCACCCCUCCAUGUAGACCCUCGGACACCUCAUCCAGCGGCUGCCAUGCCCCCACCCCCAGAAACUAUUUUGUCAUCCUUCCAAACCUUUGGCAAAAGUCCAGAGGAAAAGCUGAAUGAUAUGGUCAAAGAAGUGCUGCUGAUGUUCCCAGAUGUGGAUCCACUGUAUGUGAAGAAUAAUUUGCUGGUAAACAUAGGACCAGAGGCUCUGAACAACGUGUGUAACUUGCUCCUGGAGAACUCAAAUUACCCCCGAGUUCCAAAGGUCUCUUCUACAACUGUGUCCUCCAAAUCCUCUCCAUCAAAGAGAAGUAACAAGAAUUUUUAUGAGGAGUUUUCAGAGCCAGUAAGGAGUUUUGACUACAGAAAUAUUUGUGAGCUGUUGUUGCAGUCGGAGUUUAAAAUGAUAUCGGUCCGAGAUAUUCGCAAUUUAGCGCCGCUCUAUAAUUGGCAUUUUGCUCCCAUGCACAAGGCAUUGACUCUUAUUGUAAAGAAAGGAUUAGAGGAUAUGAAAAGUGAGGGGAAGAAAUCUUUAUCUCAAGCUGUCAUUUUCUGCAGUGUCCCUGUCGGUGCAGAGAAUAGGACGUUAAAGACAACAUGUCUGAAAUGUCCAAGGGCAGCAAGGUUUUCACACAGGAAUCUGCCACCAGAAUUGUCCGAGGAAUACGAGUUUGUCAAAGAGAGGCUCAAGGAGGAAGCUAAGGAUGUGGACAUGAAAAUUGCUCAGCAGAUAAAUGAGAGUGAAUACGCGGAGACUGGCCAGCUGAUUGAGUGUGGUUGUUGUUACUCGGAGGUGCCGUUUGAUUUUAUGGUCCAGUGUUACGAGGGCCAUCUGUUCUGUGAAGAUUGUUUGAAAAAUUACGCCAAUGAAUCGGUGUUUGGUCAUGGAAAGACCUCCUUACUUUGCAUGUCCGAUGGUUGUGAUGCUUCAUUCCCAAAGAGUCAGCUGGACAAGGCCUUGCCCAUUAACAUUCUUAGCAAAUACAAUGACCGAGUGCAGGAGGAAAGUAUUAACCUGGCAGCUUUGGAUGACCUCGUAAGAUGCCCACACUGUGACUUUGCAGCUCUAUUGGAUCCAGGUUAUAAAGUCUUCCAUUGCCAAAACACAUCCUGUAUGAAGGAGACUUGUCGAUACUGUAAAGAAGAUUGGAAAGAGCAUUUUGGGAAGAGAUGUGAGGAGAUUGAAAAGAAGGAUGAAGUUAGUUUACGGAUUAAAUUUGAAGAAAAGAUGGCCAUGGCUAAAAUUCGAACCUGUCACCUUUGCAAAGCCAAGUUUAUGAAGGAAGAGGGCUGUAAUAAGAUGACGUGUAAAUGUGGUGCUACAAUGUGCUAUGUAUGUCGCAAACCAAAUAUUGAUUACAAACACUUCUGUCAACAUUUACGAGAACCAAAGAAACCCUGUGAUAAGUGCAGUGCCUGCUUUCUGUGGAGCAAAGCAGAGGAAGAUGAUGAGAGAGCAUUGGCUGAGAUCAGGAAGGAGUGUGAUGAGGCUAGGAUAGAAAAAGGAUUUUCCAUGGAAAACAUUAUUGGAGCUCCGGACGAGCCACCAGCCAAGAAACUGAAGGUCAACUAAAGGUUGUCAAAGAGAUGAAAGUGAUUAUGACAGGAACUGCUGGAAAUGAAAAAAAGAAAGAAAAACUUAGAUAUGAAAUAUGUAUACUACAUGAAAUCAGCUGGUAGAAAAGUGUUUUGAAAUGCAGUCCAUUGAAAUCCUUAUGUAAUCAAAAUCAUUCAGUGUUUCCAAAGAUGAAAAAAGAAUUGCAAUCAGAUUAAAAGAAUUAACUUUUAAACAUGAUAUUAUUUUUGGUCAUGCAUGUAAAGGAAAACAUGCAAACAAUCUAGUGAUUUGAUACUAAUUAGGUAAACAACUGAUUCUGUUUUGUUUUAAUCUGAUUUUAAUUAUAUGUACAAAUCUCUAUCCAUUAUUUUGCCACUUGAAAGCUGAAGAUGUGAAUGUGAUAUUUGACCAUUAGAUGCCAAGUGUCUUGAUUUCUUCAGACUGGCAGUCUUUCAACUGUUAGUACACCCUAAUCAUUCUGUUAUUGAGUAUCUGGUCUGGACUGUAGUGUUAACUGUUUUUAGUAUGAAGGAUUUGGAUGAACAUACCAAGUCAUAAUCUUCUUGGUCCGACACACAAUGCUUGUCUUCCUAUAAAAGGUUUUGUAUUCCAGAAUUACAUACUGAACUGAACUUCAUUUCAAACCUAUGUCUAGUCAUGUUGCACAAAUUCUUUGUUUUACAUGUGUGAGGGGUUAUAUUGCUGUGGGUUUUUUUAAUCUUCCCCUUUGUUUUGUUGAUUUUAACAGAAUUUUGUUCUCAUAAAAUGCUGUCAGACAGAAAGUGACAUUCUUUUGGCAAUAAAAUCAAAGAAAAAGUCCA